UUUAAAUCUAAUUUAAAAACAGCUUCAACAUUAUCUGUUAUCGUUGGUGUAUUUAUGUUUUGUUGGUCACCGUUAGUCCUCAUUGAUAUCGUUUCCAUUUUUGCUCAAGAGCCAUUUUAUAAUGUUGUAUCGAUAGCUGCACUUCGCUUGGCUUUAAGCAAUUCUGCAUACAACCCUAUCAUUUACGGCAUAUUUAAUCAAUCAUUUCGUAAAGGUUUUAAGAAUAUUAUGAUCCAUUGC